UUAAAAUGAACAAACAAAGUCGGAGAAAGAGGAGGGAAGUGAAAAGAUAAAGUUAUGUAAUGUCAGUUAUAGCAGCUAAUAUUUUUAUUCAAAGGUCAAGUUAUUGCGAUGCUAAAGUUACAUAAUGUUAGAGACAUAAAGUUAUAUAAAAUGUCAGGUAAAACCUAAAAUAUUUUAGUUUAAUCACACAUUUGAAAUAUUUCCACGGAUUACGAUUUCUAGUUUAGUUUCUUUCACGAAUGACAUAUGUGAUGCUAACCGUCAAGUGGAUAUUGACAUAAUGGGGAGUAUAACGCAGAUAAACAAUGAAUUCAGUGCAAGAGAAUUGUUAAAGAAAGUACAGCAAACCAUGAAUUAUAAUGGAUGUAUUGAUUCAAAUGUCAUGUAUUUAUUAACCACAAGUUUUAAUAAACAAAUUGAAGAGAAUGGAUGUUUUAAAUCCACAUCUGAAAAGGACGAUAUAAAAAGUUUUUUUGUGUGUCUAAUAUGUUCAGACAUUUUAACUGAAUCAACAACAUUACCAUGUGGGCACACAUUUUGCCUUGAUUGCGUCAAAAAAAGAGAAAGUGCUUCUUUUGCUGAGCUAUGUUUUGUUUGCGACAAUGAGGCGCUGAAACGGAAAAAAUGGUUUUAUAAAAAUACUGGCAAUAUAAGCCAUCUAUGCACUGACGUUACACUUUGUUCUAUUAUACAAAAAUGUUAUUCUAAUGAACUAACGGCAUCAAAACAGCGUAAAGAAGGAAAUGCACUUUUCUCACUCCAAUGUUAUAAGGAAGCAGAAAUGAAGUAUAUGCAGUCUAUUACCCUGGUUGAGGAGUCAUAUCUAAGUUGGUCAAAUCUCUCUAACUUAAAAGCAAAGUUAGGGCUGUAUGAAGAAGCUCUUGCUGCUGCUAAAAAAGCAACUGCAAUUUCACCUUUUUGGUGUAAGGGUUACUAUCGUGAAGGCGUGGCGCUAAAUGGACUGCAAAAGUAUUACGAUUCUAGUGUGUCGUUUCUGAAAUACUUGAUACUUGAACCUACUAGUCUCGCUGUGAGAGAAUUGUUAGUUGAGUCCUUGGUGAACGCACUUAAAAUUGAGAAUGACAGCGACGACUUUAACUGGCAUAGUGAUGAUAAGAUAGACGGAUGCUUGAGCAGUGUUGACAAACUAAUGAAGUGGUUAAUAUCGGCCGGUGUGGAAUUUUGUUCCUCUCUUUCUUCAGAUGUUUUUAUUUUGCUAGACAAACAGAAAGAUGUUUCCUCAAAUAUGGAAGGCCUGUUAGAACAAAUUCAACAGGAAAUAACGUGUCCAUUAUGUUUCAGGAUUUUGUAUCAACCAACGACUACUUGUUGUGGACAUUCUUUUUGCACUGAGUGCUUGGAACGAUCUCUGGACCACAGCAGCGUGUGCUCUAUAUGCAGGUGUUCUUUAAAUAAUAUCAUAACUGUAAAACCGAAGCCUAUUAAUCGAACCAUACAAGCGCUCUUGGGGAAGUUUUUUCAAUCGGAGCUCACAGAAAGAGAAGUAGAAUUCCAGUUGGAAGCGCAUAAUUUGUCAUACGAGGAUGCAGAGGAAACCACCGUGCCAAUAUUCAUUUGUUCGCUUUCGUUACCAGCUCUCCACACAUCGUUGCAUAUUUUUGAACCACGCUAUAAGCUGAUGAUAAGAAGAUGUCUUGAGUCCGACGUGAAAAUGUUCGGAAUGUGUCUAUCGGAUGAUCAAGACGGGUUUGCAGACUGUGGAACUCUGCUGGAAAUAAUUAGCAACAGAACAUUAAACGAUGGCCGACUUCUCAUCAACACUAUCGGGCGAAAACGUUUUAAAGUUGUAGAGAAAGGAAGGAAAGAUGGUUAUUGCACUGCCAGAGUGUCUUGGAUCAGCGACGAAAAUAUAACAGAAGAAAAGGAUUCGGUUAGACACAACUUGAAAGAGACGUACGAUGCAAGCAAAGUUUGGUUGGAUGGGCUCUCCUUCUUAUUAUCCUGGCGUAUAAAGUUAGAAUUUGGAUCGCUGCCUCCCUUCGUUGACGAAGAAUUGGAAACUUCCGAUGGACCAAUUUGGGUGUGGUGGAUGAUUCGAUUGCUGUUCGCUGGAAGCAUGGAGGAAUCUUUGCAGGCGUUGGCAUCAACCUCCGUUCAGAUGCGUGCAGGCCUUAUUAGAAAAAAACUUGAAUCUUUUAAUCAACAUUAAACAGUCGUAUGCAGGAAUUUUUGUAAAAAAACAACCUAAUGGAAUUAAAUGCCGCGAGAAAUUUUUAUUCCCGUGCAAAUUAAUUUCAUUCAGGUCUAUAUCUUUUGUAAUUAUUUUUAAUUUAUUUCUGAAUGGUGGUACCGUUCUUGUAAAUUUUUAAUUCUGAUCAGAAACCUUGUUUUUUUCGGGUUCACCCCCGAAAAAAAUUAUCUCGAGCUGGGUCAAAUGAAGAUAGCCUAAAUUCAUAUUCACGGGUGAAAUUCAUUAAAAAAUAUUUCUAUGGCAACCAGUUGCUAGGAAAAACAAUUUUUUGAGCCAGGCUGUGUUUUAAGUGAAACAGAUUUUCCAGGGAAAAAAUCAGUUUUCGCCAAAAACUUCAAAAAAUUCUCUUUUUUUUCUAUUUUCAGUCAUCGAUAAAUCAAAUUCUGAGAAUACUGUUAAAAAUUUGUCUCACUUAAAACACUUCAUAUGUGAAUACAUCCUGAAAAUCUCACCACAUAUUGUAAAGCCUUUCUUGAGAUGUUAUAGCGGCUAGCGUGCGAAAAAUCUGGUUUUAAGAGCGCAAUUAAAAAAUAUAAAAAUAUACCCAAUUGAAUUGACUACAGUAGAUAAUAAAAACAAAGAUGCACACUGGGUAAGCGAAAAAAUCGAAUUCUGUAAAACCCAGUAGGCAAGUCCUGUUUGUACCAUCGCCACAUCAUAUUACUGUGAUUUUGAGUAACAAAUUUGCGAAUGAAGAAAAAAAUAUCACUUGUGAAAGGUAAGGAAUUUAUAAAAAGUAGCAGCUUGGGUGUGAUGCUCAAAAAUCUUUACAAUCACAUCGGAAUGGAAGUAGCAGCAGGAAAAAAAAGUUAAAAACAGGAACUUCCGACUUUAAUCCACAAAGAUUGUGUUAUUUAACACAACAAUAAAGGUUAAAACUGAGGCAAAGGAGCUAACAGUUAUUCUCAUAAUAUAUUAUUAUUAUAUAAACGGUUAUUGUUUAUAUACAUAAAAUAUAUUAGGCAACCAUGUUGUUUCUCUUUCUUAUAUUAUUGCUGUAAUUGUGGUUUUUGGAAGUGAAAAAAUAUAUAUAUCUACCAUCCUUUUA